AUGGCCUAUCACUCAGCCUACCGCGGCAUUGCGACGGGUGCCAACGGCGAAUUUGAUCACUUUGUGCGGACAAUCGACCCAUCACAUCUGGAAGGCGGGUAUUGGAGGUUCCAGACUAUCGACGAUGACCGGCGCGCAAUGGCCCGCGGCUUCACAACACCUGAGGGUGUUCUCCAAGCUGCCGACUCCAGCGACGACAGGUUCGACGAGAUCAUUCUAAGAUGGGUAAGGGGCGCAAACGAUACAAGCUUCAAGAUGGCGAUGUCGGGUACGGCGCAUCAUCAUCUCCAAACGAUCUACGAACUGCGCUCGAUGCUUCAUCUGCCCAUGUCGUCCAGAGGGCAAGUGCCGCUCUACCCAAUCAGCACCAACCCACGUCUUAAGCAGUACUGGGAAGCGAAAUACAGAGCCCAACGACCUACACCGAUCGAUCCCGCGAUUCAGCUACCAGAACGGCCCAUCUCAUCUCCAGUGACACCAGGGCCCAUACACCCGACUUCAUCGCAAGCUCAGCACGCAGAACCAGCGACACCGAAGUCCCCCGUUGGCAGAGUCACUAGGGCACGCAGCGCGAAGCUAUCACAAGCAGCGCGACCGAAGCCUGCAGGCCAAACUAAAUCAGUCAAGCAAAGCACCAGUGCUACUACAGCGCCUGCAGGCCAGCUUUCGCCCACAUCUCCAUCGUUAGAAAAGGUCAAGAUUCCACUUUCUCCUUCCAAAGCGAAAAGUCAGCAGCAGGCUCCCUCCCAACGCUUCGAAACGCCACCGUUGAUACCUGCACAACCUGGUCCGUCUAUUAGCGGGAACGUGCCUACGAUACCGCGAGCUGCGUUAGAAUGGGGAUUGCAGUCGUCAUCAAAACAAGCAACAUCCAAUGCUAGCAAUGGAGUAUCUCAACAUAACUGGGUUCACCCGUCUGCCCGCGUCUCCGCUGUACGAUAUUCUCCUUCUGCAGCUCUUCCACAACAGCAAGCCCAGUCCAAGAGUGCUGCAGACCCUUUGCCGAAGACUACCGCCUCGGUUUCAGGAGCUUCCAAUGCUUCGAACAUACCGAUCCGAUCUCCGACAAGCGGAAGACAAGACCAACAUAUCGAGAAGACAUACACUGGGCGCGAGAUACCGAAGCCGGGAGCCGAUGACCGAGCGGGUGGUCUCAUCACAGACUCCACCGCCAACAAAGGACACAGACGGAUCGCCACUCCGACAACGCCAUCCGCUUUCGACGAUGAUGAUAGCAUCACCGGUGUUUCAACAAGCCCGCGCGUGCCGUACAAUGCUACCUCAAAGACUCCAACAAAUGAACCGCAAGAAGUGCCAUUCAAUGGUAUAGGUAACCCGUUACCGUUACCGUUACCAACAAGCUCCUCAGCGCAUCAUACCAAAUGUAUAAAUAUCGAAAAGCCAAUUGCGGCCGCUGGAGCGUGCGACACGCCAACUAAUGGGCAGACUUAUGCUUCUCGGGCGAAACAACAGCCGUCAAUCAGUGACCUCCGGUCGCCCAGCAUAUCAGGCUCACGCCCAUCGGGUACCAAAGCUGCAGGCGUAACGGAGAAGCCUGUAGAGACCAUUCCCGAGCCGUGGGGCAGCUACAUGAAAGGCCUUGAACAGCUGCCAUGUGUGGAUUGCGGAGAAGAUGAAGGGCACCUGCCGGAUUGCAAUCUCGGUAACAUUAUACCGAUGCAGAACCUGACCGUCCUAGACUAUCGCACCCUUGCUGAUGCUGUCGAGCAGUUCGAUCCCGGCCCAUGGACAACCCACUUCGUCUCUCCUGAACCCGAGCCUGAAGACGUAGCGACACAGAUGCGAGGCUUGGCUGCGGUUAUACGGAAUGAGGAUAGCUACAAACAAGAUGCCGAGCUUCAAGGGCUACCUGAUGACCUCAUGAUGAUGUUGUGGGCUUUCAAGACUUCGGACAAUGUUCAAGUUAUCAAUGAGGAUGAUUGGGAUUCCGGCAUCGGCGAGUUCGAGAUGUGGUGA